AUGGGGCCCCGCCGGCCGCCCGAGCUCUACCGGGCCCCGUUCCCGCUCUACGCGCUGCAGAUCCACCCCCGCGGGCUGGCCCUGGCGGCGGGCGGCGGCGGCGCGGCCCGGACCGGCGUCAGGAACGGCCUGCAUUUCCUCCAGCUGGAGCAGAUUGGGGGCCAGCUUAGCGCCUCGCUGCUGCACUCCCACGACACGGAGACCCGGGCCACCAUGAGCAUGGCGCUGGCGGGCGAUGUCAUCGCGGCAGGGCAGGACGCCAGCUGCCACAUCCUCCGCUUCCGCCUGCAGGGGCCCGAUGAGAAAAGCGCCAGCAGCGCCCCCAGCAAGGCCGGCGGUGCGGAGAAGGGCCCCCGGAAGCGAAAGGCCCCCAGCCCCUCUGAGAAAGGCGAGGGCGACACGAGGAGCGAGGCAGGCGAGGUGGAGGUGGAGACGCUGUGCAGCGUGCAGACGGACUUCAGCCCCGACGCGCUGCAGAAGGCCGUGCGUGUCAGCGCGGACCAUUCGCUGCUGGCCACGGGCGGCGCCGAUGGGUUCCUCCGACUCUGGGAGUUCCCCAGCAUGAAGAAGGUGCGGGAGUUCAAAGCCCAUGACGGGGAGAUUGAGGACAUUGCGCUGGGUCCCGAGAACAAGGUGGUGACGGCGGGCAGGGAUUUCCAUUGUUGCGUGUGGCAGAGGGACCAGCUGGUGGUGCGGCUGCGCUGGGACGAGAACAUGCCGGGCGUCCCUGACAAGACCUACCGCUACCAGGCCUGCAGGUUCGGAGCGGUGCCGGACCAGGCCGAGGCGCUGCGACUCUACACGGUGCAGGUGCCCCACAAGCGCGGGCGCCGCCCCCCGCCCUGCUACCUCACCAAGUGGGAUGGAAAAAGCUUCCUGCCGCUGCUCACCCAGCCCUGCGGGGGCGAGGUCGUCUCCUGCCUCUCUGUCAGUGACUCGGGCACGUUUCUGGGGCUGGGCACCGUGACGGGCUCGGUUGCCAUUCACGUCUCCUUCUCGCUGCAGAGGCUGUACUACGUGAAGGAGGCGCAUGGCAUCGUGGUGACGGACGUGGCCUUCCUGCCCGAGAGCCGGCGGGGCCGGGAGCUGCUGGCCGAGAACGAGGCUGCCCUGCUCAGCGUGGCCGUGGACAGCCGCUGCAAGCUGCAUCUGCUGCCCCCCAGGCGCAGCUUCCCCGUGUGGCUGCUGCUGCUGCUCUGCGCUGGCCUGGUGGUGGCCACCAUCCUGCUGCUGCAGCUGGCCUUCCCCGGCUUCCUGUAGGCGUG